AUCCCCAGACCUCAACAUUAUUGAGAAUUUAUGGUCCGAUUUAGAGAUUCAAUUAAGACGUCGAUUUCCACUGCCAUCGUCUCUAAAAGAGUCAGAGUAUUCUGACUGAUGAAUGGCUUAAUAUUCCUUUGGAAACAACUCAUAAGUUGAAUAAAUUAAUACCUCGGAGAAUUUACCCUGUAUUUGCCUGUAUACGGUGUGAGUGUAACGGUAUUGUAUUCGUCCGUCGCGGUAUGGGCAUCACAGUUCAGUGCACGCAGUCAGACGGCGAAUACGGGUAAAAAAAAAAAAAUCUGUGUUGGAGUUAGUCCUUCUUUACUUCAGGGGGCGGUAGACGUAAUUCAUCUGAACUUAUAACCGAUAUUACGGGAAAAAGAAGGCAAACCAAAACAGAUGAAGAUGUAGUUAUCAUUGAUCAUUACUGGGAAAGUUAUGGCGGAUGUACAGAGUCGGAACUAUCAAAUGCAGUUAUUUCUAAAGUUUUUUUACAGCACCUUUCAACGUUCUAAUGGUGCACAAUAUGCUUCCAAGAAUAUAUACAAUCAAAGACAUCAUAAUGUAUUGAUGGGACACGGGGCCGAUAAAUAGGGGGCCUGCAUUGUUGUCGAGGCCGUCAAGGCUGAUCUAGUGGAAUCACUGUGACAUAUUUAUGUCACACUGCUGUUGCCAUAGUGUGCACUUCCUGUGGGUGUGGUAUUACAGUAUAAAAAGGAAUCUCUGUUAUGUCUCUGUGAUAUAUAUGAUGAGAAGCACACUGAAUAAAGAAGUGUUAUACCAUCCUCGUCGCCACUUUUGGGAAGCUGGCUGAACAUUGUGAGUUUGGUGAUGUUUUAGAAGACACAUUAAGAGACAGAUUGGUAUGUGGACUGAGAAAUGAAGCAACACAAAAUAAGUUACUCUCAGAAAGUGGACUGACAUUAAAGAAAGCCUUUGAUGUAAGCGUGGCUAUGGAAAUGGCUUCAAAGGAGGCUCAACAACUGAACAUUACGAGCAGAAUACACCAAGUGGCAAGUACCCAAAGCAAUGUUGCUGGUCCCUGUUUUAGGUGUGGUAAAACAGGGCACCUUUCCUCCACCUGCUGGUGCAAAGAAAUGAACUGUCAUCAUUGUGGGAAGAAGGGUCAUGUUGAGCGUGCCUGUCGGAAAAAAACAAGCACGGACAAAAAUAAGGAAAUGAAUGACAGGAAGAAAACAAAGAAAUAUGUCAAAGCGGUAGAGAGUGGAGGUUUUCCGUGAGGAAUUGGGCAGCAUGAAGGACAUUACAGUGAAAUUGCACAUUAAACCAGGAAGCAAACCUGUGUUUAUGAAGGCUAGGACAGUGCCGUAUGCUAUUCGUGACAAAGUCGAGGCUGACCUGGAAGUGUUGGUCAAAAGUGGUGUUUUGGAACCAGUCACCACCAGCGAAUGGGCGACACCAAUUGUGCCGGUUCCGAAAAAGAAUGGCGGAAUUCGCACAUGUGGCGAUUUUAAAGUGACUUUGAAUCCGGUGCUUUGUGUGGAGCAGUACCCACUUCCAUUGAUCGAUGAUUUGUUAGCAGGUCUGAGCGGUGGUCAAAAAUUCAGCAAAAUUGACCUCAACCAAGCUUAUCUGCAGAUGCAUGUGGACGAAGAAUCACGGGAGUGGCUGACAAUUAACACACACAAGGGACUUUUCAGAUAUUGCAGAUUACCUUUCGGCAUCACAUCUGCUCCUGCUCUGUUUCAACGGGCUAUGGAUCAAAUUUUGAGUGGAUUGCCAGGAGUACAAUGUUACUUGGAUGACAUUCUCUGCACCGGUGCCAACGACGAGGAGCAUCUUCGCAACCUGGAUGCUGUCUUAAAAAGGCUAAGGCAGUAUGGUCUUCGAGUGCGCAAGCAAAAAUGUGAAUUUUUGAGACCAUCGGUGGAGUAUCUCGGGCAUGUAAUAGACUCCCAAACCGCUGCGCAGAAGUGAACCAAACUUCACCCAAUAGUGUAUUGUAUCACAAUC